AAAAAUUUAUAUUACUUAUUAGUUUGAUAGACCAUGUCCCGCUUUCAGCGACAUCUGCGUCAGCAGGCGGGUGCUUCUAAAGAAAACGGUUCUCAUGAAUCUCUGUCAAAAAGUUUGUUUCCACAAGCUAGGAAAACAGGACAAUUAAAUCUAUCAAACAGGGAAUAUAAGGAAGUCCCAAGUGAAGUUUGGCGCCUGAAUUCUCCUCCAAUUGAGGGUGAUGCUGAUUUCGGUUCCUCAAGCACAGAAAGGUGGUGGGAUCAGGUUCCAUUAACCAAAUUGAUUCUUGCCUCUAAUGCUUUGAUCUCUCUCUCCGAAAAAAUCUCUGUUUUCCCAGCUCUUGUUGUUUUGGAUUUGCAUGAUAACAAAUUAAGUCAACUGCCAAGUGUGAUUGGUUCAUUAGAAGUGUUAGAGAAACUCGAUGUUAGUCAUAAUGAAUUGGAAAGUUUGCCGUCUGAGCUUUCUAUGUUGGAACGACUGAGUACUUUUUUGUUGCAUCACAAUCAAAUUUCUCAUUUGCCUGAUGACAUUGGACAGCUGUCAUAUCUUCGAGUAUUGAAUGCGUCACAUAAUAAACUACAAGCCAUCCCCAGAAAUCUGGCAUCUAUGACUGAUAUACAAAAAUUAAAUUUUUCAAAUAAUCAGUUAGAAAGUUUACCAGAAGAGAUUUGCCAACUCUCACACUUGUCAUAUUUAGACUUGAAUUAUAACAAUCUCAGCUACCUUCCACAAAACUGGAGAAAGAUGAAUUCAUUGAAAGAAUUAUAUUUGAGAAAUAAUUCACUGACUUCUUUGCCUUUGCUGAGUAACUGCUCCAGUCUUAAAGAGUUGUAUUGUGCAAGCAAUAAUAUGAAGCAUUUGGAAGUCAACAAAUUGCCAGAGUCUUUGGUUAUUGUAGAAUUGCGUGAUAAUAAGAUAAGCAAAAUAGAAGAAGAUAUUGUUGCGUUGAAGGACUUACAACGUCUCGACUUGGCUAACAAUGAUGUUUCCACUCUGCCUCCUAGGAUGGGGCUGAUGGAACAUAUCACUGCAUUGAAUGUUGAUGGUAAUCCAAUGAGAGGUUUGCGACGUGAUAUAAUUAAUCGAGGAACAUUAGCAAUUAUUCAGUAUCUUCGAACACGUAUUGUAGACAAGGAUGCUAAUGCUGACAGUGAAAAUGGCUCGGCACCGCAGUCAUCUUUACCAGUGUCAUCUGCUAUGGCCGAACGUUCUAAGCUACACACACUCACUUCCACCAAGUCAUUGGAUAUCAGUAAUAAAGUCUGGUCCGAGAAGCUACUUGAUGGCUCUGAAGAAAUCCCCUUGGAAGUCAUAAAUAUGUCAAAAAUGGGAUUGUCUCAAUUUCCAUCUCAGAUCUGUCAAUUCAAAAGUUCUUUGAAAUCCCUAAAUAUUAGUCUAAACAAAAUAUCAGUGUUUGGUUCAGAAAUUGGCGACUUUGUUUCUCUAACACACUUGAACCUCGGCACUAAUUUGCUGACAGAUUUACCCGUGGAAAUGACAAAGUUAAAAAGUUUAAUUGAGCUGAAUAUAAUGCAAAAUCGUUUCAGCUUGUUGCCAGAAUCUGUUUACUCCAUGGAAUCACUCGAACAUCUUCUCGCUGGUGGAAACAAGAUUGAAAAGAUAAACAUGGAAGGGUUGAAAAAGCUUACUAAGCUGUCAACUCUCGCGCUGCAGAAUAAUAGCAUUGCACAAGUUCCACCAGAACUAGGACUUAUGUCAAGUCUACGUAAUCUUCAGCUGGAAGGAAAUGUAUUUCGAAUUCCUAGGCAUACCAUUUUGCAACAAGGAACUCAAGCAGUUUUGGAUUAUUUAAAAGGGAGGGUUCCAACCAAUUAAAACCAUCCUAUUUCUAAUAUUAAAAGCUUAGUUUAGUGCAGCAGAAGAAAACAGCUUUAAUUUGAAUUAUCACUUCUAUUCAAUCAAUGGUGUAUACCAGGGUAGUUCAAGAUUGUCGGCUCCGCGGGCCACAAAAUUAUUUUUGCAUUGUUCGCAGGCCACAAUAAAGCCGAGAAUAGGUAAACAGUGCAAUACAAAACAAACACUUUUAUUGUGCAAACACAUAGUUA